UAUAUUAUAUAUUAAUUUUUAGGUAUAUUUACAUAUUUUUUAAAAAAUAAUGUGAUUUUAAAAGUGUUGCAAUUUAAAAAUGGUUCAACCUUCUGAAGAAAAAGGUUUAUUACUUGAAACACCAGAAGACACUGACAUCAAUGAUGUGGACAAAAUUAGUACUGGAGUGACAGCUAAAAUUGCACCACACACUGAAAAAGUCAAUUCUGUUGUGAAUGACAAGGAAAAAACUAUAGUGGCUUAUAAGUGUAAAUCGUGUGAUGAUUUGUAUGCAGAUGUGACAAUUGACAAAUUUAAUGGAUUGGUAUUGAGUAAAAGUACAAACUUUAUUAGCAACAACAAAAAUGAAAAGAAUAGUGUAUUAGUGGCUGACUUUGAAACAGUUUUACAACAAGUUGGUUAUUCAACAACAGCUAGACAUAUUACUAUUAAUGAAACUUCAAACCGUUCAGAAACAGUUGCACUAAGGUUGCAACAUUCCCGUGGACAUGUUUACCCUGAACAUCAGGAGAUUGGACCGUGUCGAGUAGUUUUUCACCAACGAUCGUACGAAACAUCACAGAGCUCAGAAUCAGUGAUCUGUAGAAUAUGUCACAGUUCUGGCGACGACCGACUGAUAGCACCAUGUCGGUGCUCUGGUUCAAGCCGUUAUGUGCAUGCUUCGUGUCUGGUCACGUGGUUUAAAAAAAGUGUUAAAAAUCAAUGCGAGCUGUGUAAAUCUGAUGUGAAAAUCCGCAAAAUUAAUCACAACAUUGCUUUGUGGCGCAAACCGGAAGAUCGGCCCAUUCCACUCAUAUGGUUUUCCGUCUUUUUUAUUGGCUUAUUUUUGAACGUGUUGUCAAUAUAUGUGAACGCUUCUGAGAGCUGCAAGUCGACAGCGUGUUUGAUAUUUUACGUGGUGAACGGCUUUGGUAUUAUAUUAGACGCUGCAUUUCUCUGGUUUUGGUUCCAUAAGUGUCGUCACUACUGGAGAAAAUGGUGCGCGUUAAAUCAAGAUUGGUUUAUAGAUGAUUUGGAUGAGGCCAAUGAUGUACAUGUUGAAUUCGUCAGAAGUCAACAUGUUCAAUUUGUUUAAAAGUCAUCACAGUAACACGUAGCCGCAGUUUUAUGCAGCAAACAAUAGCAGAAAAAACCCAUUCGUUAUCGUUACAUAAAAAUUGUUUUUUGCUUUUACUACUACAAUCACUGUUUGGUCCGUCAAAACUAACAAAUCUCACCCACAUCAAACAUGUUCCACCCUUUUUUAUUUAUUGCUCAUUCUCGCGUACAUUUCUUUUACCGAUAUUUAAAGCUAUAUUUCCACUGUGUUUAAAAGCUGAAUAACAAUAUUCUUUUUAAUUGGCUAACUUUAAUUUUUCCCAUCUCGGGUUGUGGCGGACGAUUUACAUAAAGAAGGCCCUAACCUGCACUAUUUAUUAGUCUUAUUGUUAUAUAUAUAUUACUAAAUAUUUCCAGCCUAAAUAAUGUUCUAGUUGUAUUUGUUUGUUUGUUUGUUUUGUUUAAAGACGAUUGUUCUCGUGUUCUUCGUUUUGAAUA